GACCCGCGUUUGUUCCGUUUAUCGAUUAUUUUGGUCUGACUCCGAACCGGAAGUGAGGCAGUAUUCAACAUGGUGGUCACCAGGAGCGGGGUUCAUGUGCAGUCUCCAACUAAAACAGAGUCCGACCAUUCCUCAGAUGUCCAGGCCACCCCUUCCACCGGUCGGAGGACGAGGAGGACUGCAGCAGCAGACACUGCUGCCCAGGACGCCCCUGUGGAGACAAGUAGCCAGCUCCACGAGAGCGAGGGAGAGCCUUCGGCUCGUCAUCCGACCGUGAUGAUUAAAAGAUGCGCUGGAAUUUCCACAACCCACAGUCCACAACAGCCCUCGACACCAGCGGAAUCCACUCACGAAGCAGAUGUGUCGGACCUGGAGUCAGUGGCGUCAGAUAUCGAGCCGCUAGCGACGCGCAUCAGGAGCAGGAGGAGACAGUCCCGUCCACUUAACUGGGAAGAGGAGGAGGCGUCUGAGGCGGAGUCCUGCUCGUCUGCAGUGUCCGCGUCCAACACUGGCUCGAGCGUCCGCCGGAGUACGAGGAAGAGGAUGCUGCCCAAAGGUUCUGACCCUGCUCCCGUAUGGAAUGAAGAUGUCAAAGUGGACCAAGUUCUGGAGACAGAGAAGGACGUGUCGGAAAGAGUCACUCGUACUCAGAGAAAAGCUGCUUGUACGAGAUCAAGUGUAAAAAAAGCAAUGGAGUCGGAGGCCUCAGAUGCAGAGAGCUGCAUUUCUGGUGUCUCAACAGAUAAAGCUUCUAAGUCCAUCACCCGCAGAUCCACAAGAUCGACUCGGCAAACAUGUCCCAUCCCCAUCUACCUGGACGAGGCUUCAGAGAGCUCUCAGUCCCCUGCACCCACGGGUCGGCGUACUAGGGCAGCGAGAGGGAAGCCAGCGCUUACUGUUGAUGCCAGCGAACCGCAGUCUUGUGACUCCGACGGGUUCGAGUCAGGGCCCGUUUACAGUAUGUCCGCUCGUAGACGGGGCAGGACUCAAUCCAAGGCCACAGACUCAGAGUCUGAGCUGACAGACUUGCAUUCCCCAAAUCACAGCCCCUGUCCCACACAAGGCAGGGGAACGCCCUGCAGCAGCCGCGCAGGCUCUGCUAACAGCAGGCAAGGCGCCCUGACCUCCAGGCCCGAGGCCAAAGAACUUAGCAUGGUUGUGGAGACAGACAGCUCAUUGAACGAUUCUAGGUUGGACAGUACGCUGGUCAAUGAGGACGCAGACUGCACAGUGUUGGUGGAUGAGCAGGGAGAAAAUGUUAUAGGAGAUUCCCACGUUUCAGAUCUCGAUCGUGGAACUGCAGAGACCACCGAAGACCAGCGGGCGGAGCUGUCCACUGAAAACGAGGACAGAGACGCCUCAGAGAUGGAGAUCACACACCCAUCGCUGGGGGAGAGGACAGUGGGUGAGGAUGCAGGUGGAGAAACUCAGUCCAGAGUGGUGGAGACAAUGGAAGUCAGCGCAGUGACGACUGACGAUCAGCACAUGGCUGAUUCCAGCGAGGCCCAAGUUGAAUCCAUUCUAGUAACAUCUGAACAGCAGCAUGAAAUCACGGUGGUUUCUGACUCUGAAAAUCCCCCAACUGACAUCACUGUCCGGAAGGCCAAAGUGGUGAGCCUGCUGGACAGUAGUGAUGAGGAAGACGGAGGAUCUGAUGAAGAGGAGGAGAAGGAUGACUCUGAAGAUGAUGAUUUAGAAAGCAGGGAGGACGAAAGAGGAGGACCGUCAAAGACGUCCGACUCAGCAGGCGCGUCAGUGGAAGGUCUGUUCAUGAUCGACACGCGGCCUGGAGAAGAUGCUGAUGAACAUUACUACAAGGACAAGUCAACAGAGCCACAAGAUGAGGAGGAAGCCACAAGGAAACACGCGGAGCAGGAGCCACAAGAUGAGGAGUUCAUAGAUGAGGAGGGUGACGAUGAAGAUGACGAAGACACUGAAAUUCUGUACUCCAGCAGAAAUGUUCAGGGGAAAGAGUUGUCCAGCCGUAUUGACCCUGGCCUCAAAGUGAAGGCGCUCGGGGGUUUAUACAUCAAUUUUCAUGGCAGCAAAUCAAAACCUGUCUCCAGUUCACUGCUGAAACUAAAAGAAAAGAAGAUCCAAGACGAGGUGAUGAAGAAGAGUGUGAUUGGACCAGACUUUGAAAAGAAGGAUGCGGUGCCUCCUUACAAGGAAUCCAAGCACGUCUUAAAACAGAAACACAGGGAGGAGAGAGCCAAGUCGACAGGAGAAGGCUGGUUUAAUAUGAAGGCCCCUGAGCUCUCACACGAGCUGAAAGGAGACCUUCAGGUCUUGAAGAUGAGAGAUUCCUUGGAUCCCAAGAGGUUCUACAAAAAGAACGAUCGAGACGGCUUUCCCAAGUAUUUUCAGGUUGGCACAGUGGUGGACAGCCCGGUCGACUUCUAUCAUUCCCGUGUUCCUAAGAAGCAGAGGAAAAGAACCAUGGUGGAGGAGCUGCUGGCUGAUGCUGAGUUCAGGCAUAAAAACAAGAAGAAAUUCCAGCACAUUCUGAUGGAGACAGCGGCGCAGGCUGCCGGCAAGAAGAACAAAAACAAAAACAAGAGCAAGAACAAGAAGAAAUUUAAAAAGAACUGAAUCUCAACAAUUCCUGUGAUAAAAUCUAAGUUUGAGGGAAUUUUUUAGAGACUUCAGUGCUUUAAGCAGAAAAAGGUUGUCAUCAGCUGGAGCAUAGAUUAUAUUUUUGUGACUUAACCAUGACUACAAGAAACUGAAUCCUGGUCUUUCAUAAAGCAUGAUCUCAAAACAGAGUUUAUGUACAUGAAAUAGAUUGUAUGACAAAGAUGUUAAUUCUCCAACUAUGCUAUUAAAAAGUGACUAAAAGUGA